AUGAAAUUCUCAAGCACCGUCGCGCUGGUCGGCGCACCUCUGCCCGGAGUCCUCGCAUGGGGAAGUCUGGGGCAUAUCGCGACGGCCUACCUCGCCAGCCACUUCGUCGCCAACACGACCGAGGCCUUCUUCCAGGACCUCCUGCGAAAUGACACCGAGCAUUACCUGGCCGGCGUCGCGACCUGGGCCGACACGAUUCGGUACACGAGAUGGGGCCACUUCACGGGGCCUUUCCACUUCAUUGACGCCCACGACAGCCCUCCCGGGUACUGCGGCGUCGAUCUCGAGCGGGACUGCAAGGCGCAGGGCUGCGUCGUUACGGCUCUCGCCAACUACACGGCGCGGUCACUCGAUCCCACGCUGAGCGGCUGGGAGCGAAACCAGGCCGCGAGAUUCGUCGUGCACUUCAUCGGCGACAUGCACCAACCUCUUCACAACGAGGACGUGGCCCGAGGAGGCAACGGCAUCCACGUCAAGUGGCAUGGCACCGACUUCAACCUGCACCACGUCUGGGACAGCUCCAUCGCCGAGAAGCUAAUCGGGGGUUCCCGCCGGAGGCCGUACGACAACGCGAAGCGGUGGGCGGACCAGCUGGCCGAGGAGAUCGAGACGGGCAAGUUUGCCGAGCAAAAGGCUGAAUGGUUGAAGAGCCUCGACUUCAACAAUGUCAACUCAACUGGCUUGCAGUGGGCGAAAGAGGGCAACGCGUUUGUGUGUACUCAUGUGUUCCCGGAGGGGCCGCGCGCGAUUGUCGGACAGGAGCUCGGCGGCGAGUAUUUCGAAAAGGCGGCGCCGGUGAUUGAGCUGCAGGUGGCCCGCGCCGGCGUCAGACUGGCUACUUGGUUGGAUCUCAUUGCGGCGGCUUACGAAGACCAGGCGAGAAAGGUGACCGUGGCUAUGGAAGAAUUAUAA